CUUUGAAAAAAAAAAAAAGAAAAAGAUAAAAGUUUGGGACUUUUUUCUUCCCUGCAUGUGUUUUGUUGUCAACUAACGGUAAAGUCAUUUGCUCAAAAACUUUCAAUAGUAUUGGAUAUUGGAUGCUGCGGUUGUGAGCAUACUGCCAGCAGGAAACAAACUGUGACAUAGACUCCUGGAAACGUUUAUGAAAAGUCCAAGUCUAAACGAUUUCCAAACAGAAAAGAAAUACAAGUGUUUUCUUUUAUAUGAAGAUUAAAAUUACAUGAGAGAUUUCUCGUGUGAGUGAGGACUACACGUUUCCAUAGCAACCAUCUACUGGACAGGAUAUUUUCUAAGGGAGAUUUGUAACAUUGACUAGGAUACAUUUUAUACAUAGACAAAAAAAAAAAGAAGAAAAUAAUAACAAACGAAGGCGGAUAUUCACAACGGCAUCGCUAAUCUGUGUGAGAGGGAACAAGAAGAGCGACAGAGGCGGCGUCCAAUGGCUGCCCUGCCACACAUCGUCUGCUUCUUCGUGACCACGGCUGGCAAGAAUGGCGAUGAGCUCGGGUCGGACGAGGAGCAGAUCGUUCAGGUCGUCUACCUCCUGUACGACCAAAACAAUAACAAGGUAGUUGAUGUUCAGAACUACUACGUCAAGCCCCAGCCCAACGAGUUGACGGAGACGCUCCUGACAGAUGAUUGUAAAGCUGAAACGGGUCUGGACGAGGAGCUGGUGAAACAGGCUCCGCCACUAGACCAUGUUCUAGAAGAGUUUGACAGAUUUCUCAGUGCUAAAGGAGUACACCCGGAACACGGAGGACGGUCAUUCUAUCUGCUGACCGAUGGUCAAGCCCACCUCAGACAGUGCAUACACCAUGAGUGUUGCAAAAAGAACAUUCCAUUGCCCACAUAUUUUUACAAGUUUUACGACAUUAGGAAGGAAUUCAAAAAGUUUUACAAGACGGAACCCAUGCCUUCAUUGAAGACAAUGAUUGACUAUCUUGCAUUGGACAACAACGGUUCUGUGGAGUAUGGUGUUAGACAAUGUCAAGAAAUGGCCAAAAUUUUAACCAGACUAGUCAACGAUGGACACAGCUUUGGUGAUCCUGAAGUCAUUAAUGAAAGAUUAGAAGGAGGCAUUUGUAGCAAGAAUGAAUAUGUCAGUGAUGGGCUUGUAGUCAGAGCUAGAGGCUUGCCGUGGCAAUCUUCAGAUCAAGAUAUAGCCAGAUUUUUCAAAGGAUUAAACAUUGCCAAGGGUGGCGUGGCUUUGUGUUUGAGUCCACAAGGAAGAAGAAAUGGAGAAGCUCUCAUUCGGUUUGAGUCUGAAGAACACAGAGAUCUUGCUUUGAAAAGACAUAAACAUCAUAUAGGCCAGCGCUACAUCGAAGUGUAUAAGGCUUCAGGAAAAGAUUUUAUUAAUGUUGCAGGAGGAAACAAUUCUGAAGCGCAGGCAUUUUUGUCUCGUGGAGGCCAGACUAUCAUCAGAAUGAGAGGGUUGCCAUUUACAUCAACAACUCAGCAAGUGUUGGAGUUUUUUACUCGUGAUCCCAACUCCUCACAAGUUCUUGAUGGAGAGGAAGGAAUUCUGUUUGUCCACUACCCAGAUGGCAGAAGCACAGGAGAUGCAUUUGUUCUCUUUGCUACAGAAGAAGAGUCAGCAAAGGCAUUGAAGAAGCACAGAGAGAUGAUGGGCUCUAGAUACAUUGAAUUAUUUAAAAGCACAACAGCUGAAGUUCAACAGGUUUUGAACAGAAGUAUGGAUCCACGUAACCCAGAACAACCAGACAGCCAGCUGACGCCUUUGAUUGCACAAAUCCCAGCAGGGAUACCCAUCAUUCCACAAUCUCUUAUCACUAGCGGCACAAGAAGGGACUGCAUCAGACUUCGCAACCUUCCAAGUGCUGCCCAAGUGACUGAUAUUUUAACAUUCCUGGGAGAGUUUUCUCAAUUCAUUAUUUAUCAAGGAGUUCAUAUGGUCUACACUGCUACUGGUGAAGCAUCUGGUGAAGCCUUCAUACAGUUAGAUUCAGAGGAUGCUGCCACCUUGACAGCUAUCAACAGGCACCGCUGUCAGAUGAUAUUUGGCAACAAAAAACGAGUGAUUGAGGUCAUUCAGUGCAGUGGGGAUGACAUGAGCUAUGUUUUGACCAAUGGCAUGCCUCAGAUGUCCAUUUCAGCCAUGCCAACUGCUAUGACUGCUCCAGCACUGCCACCACCGUCUCCAAUCACUCUACAAAGACCUAUUUUAUCUCCUGUUACUCCUCAAACCAUCAUGACGACUUCUGCUUUGACUGGAACAUUUCCCUACAUGUCACUAGCCCAGCCAUUGCCAGCAGCCUUCACGCCUACCAUCACUGCCUUGCCCCAGAGACCAGCCUACUACCCGCCGAUACUCUACUGGUACCCAAGCCCGCCUGUCUCUCCACCCACACCACAAACACCAGCUAUCACUUACUACACUACCACCUCUGCUACUAACACUGCCGCAGGGCCAUACACUGGCCCUUGCAUGAUCAUAAUGAGGGGCCUGCCAAUUAAUGUAACUGUUCAGGAUAUAAUGAAUUAUUUUCAGGGGUUCCCUGAGGUAGGUCCUGAUACCAUAAGCAUACAGACUAACUUGGAAGGCCGACCAAAUGGAGAUGCUCUAAUUUCAUUCACUUCUAGACUUGAAGCAGAGCGAGCCAUUGUUGAAAAAAAUCGUAGACAUCUUGGAAAUAGAUUUAUAGAGCUGUUUAUGGCCUAAAACAAGCUAUUGAUGAGAUCUGCUUUGUUGAUUGCUGAGGAUUAUUGAUCUUUGUCAAGAAUCCUGGCAAAUUAUAUUUAUAUUUAUGAAAUUAUUUAUUUUUACAAAUAUAUAUAUAUAUAUAUACAUAAAUAAUACAUAGAUCUAUAUUAUUGAUUAUCUUCCAAAAGUAUGAUAUGAUGAAAUCUUUCAAUUGAGUCGUUAUUCACAUUUUUUAAUGCAUUCCCAAACAUGUAGGCUUUUAAUCUCAUGAAAAUAUUUGUCUUUAAAUCAUUCGAUGCAUUUCUACUGUAUCUUUUUUCUUUAUUUGCAUGAGGUUUCUUUUAAACUGAGCCUUUUCUCGUGUGCCUUAAUGAUAUUUGAUGUUAGCCUACAUUAGAAAAAAAAACAACUAACAUUUUAUUUUACAAAAUAUGUGUAAACACCAUAAGACUUGCCACUGCCUUCAAAAUAUUGCCUUGACAUUCCAAACUUCCACAUGUGGCUUCCAAACUGUUUUUUUUUUUGUUAGACAGAACAGUAGUUAAUCACUAAUUAAAAGAUAUUGUAAAUUGAUUUAUUUAUCAAUGACAGCAUGUAUUAAGCUUAUGCACAAGAAUCAAUCUCUUUAUAACAUUCCUGCCAUAAAUUCACCAGUUAGAAGAUAAUAUUUAUGUUUUUUGUCUUUUUCAUUGAAUCAUAUUUAUUGAACUGGACAGUUACUUCAUGAGUGCUGUAACUUCCUUGAUGUUAAUAUGAUCUUCAUUUAUUUUUUUUUGAGAUCAUUGAACAUUCCUUUGGUUUUACUCUUGUUAUUUUAUUUGAUGUGUAUAUAUAGCUGGUUAGCAAUAUAUCUAUUACCUAUCAUUCUACUUGAAAUUCAAUUAUCUUAAUGAAAUACUAAUAUUUAUUGUAUGCAUUCAUGCUUGUCCUUCUUUUCUUGUUUCCAAAAGAAAAAGAUGGUAUAUUCACCAAUGGUGCCUUUUUGUAUCUUAUUGAUUGUAUUCUUUGAUGAUGUUUCUGCAUGCUAUGUGUAGCUUUGUUGAGCUUUGACCAAACAAUUAUUGGCUCUUAUUAUGUAGGCUUGUGGAAAAACAACACAUAUCAGUCAAUUUUCUUUUUCUUUGGAUUAAAGUAAUUUAACAGUUUUCUGAAUAGUCUAAAGAAAUUUUGAAAUUUCCGUAUUAGUUGUUUUUUUGUUUGUUUUUUUUUUUAGAGACAUAUUAUUGGAAAACUUGUGUUAGUUCAUCAUCUAGGAUUGUUUAGGAAUAGUUGUAACAUUUUUGUCAUUUGUAGGCUAUAUAAAUUUCAGAUCUGCUUGGACUAUAUAUAUCAUUAUUGUGAUGAUUUACAGUGAACUGAGAAUAUAUUUAGCUCAAUGUACUACAUGUUUAUUUUAUAAUCAUAUAUAUAUAUAUAUAUGUUAAUAUACAAGGAUAUGAAAUAUAUAAACAUGCAUAUUUUUUGUAGGCAUGUUAAAUUUAAUGAUGAAAACAAUGUAUUAUUGAAAAGAUAAUAUAAUUUAUAAUACUAAGCUUACCAUCAUUGUGCUUCCACUGCCUUGAAGUCUUGGUUUGCAGACAAAGCAUUGCAUGAGCUAUUAAUGUUUAUUUUCUGACUAAUAUGCGCUGCUUUUAGUUUAAAUAGUUUAUCACCUUUUUUGUCAUUGAAUGUGUUAUCAACUUUUUUUUUUUAAUGUUGCACAUUCAAUUUUAAAGUUGAAUACUCUUAAAUAACUUUCACUUUUAUUUUUUAUAUUGAGAUAUAAAAUUUGUUUUAUUCAGUACUGCUGAAUGUUUAUUUUAAAUUGUAAAAGAUUAAGUUUCCUUGUGCCUUUCUAACAAUUGUUUAUAGCAUACUUCCAAUUUCUCAUCAUCUUUUUUUUUUUAUAGAUCUUAACCUAUAUCUGUUGACUGCAAUAUUUUCUUUUUAACAAAUUCAUAGACUUCAAUUUUUUCCCUUCGAACCAAACCACAAUAUUCUGUUGGUUUUUUUUUUGUGUGUUUUUUUUUUCAAAUGCAUUUAUAUUUUUGAAAACAUAUAUAUAUAUUAUAUAUAUCUUCACAUGAAAUAGUUUCUGCAUGAGUGUCAGAAGUAUUUUCUUUGUAUUGUUUGUUCAGCUCAUCUAAAGAUUUUAGAACUAUUUUCCUUUAUUAGUAAGCGUUUCAUGAAAUAUUGUUGAAAUAAUGAAAACAAAACAACAAAUGAAAUGAUCUAUUAAACAAUUUAGCUCAUUCUAAGUGGCUUCAUCUCUACUCUUCAUAACAUGAAAUUUAUACAAUGAAUUUACUAUGUUUUCUUAUAAGAUAAUAUUAUACAUAAACAAUGUUAGUGUUUAGGAGUGCUGUUUACUGCUAUCUUGUAUUCAAGGAAUGAUACAAAUUGUUGACUGUAUUUAUGAGAGAUGUAAAUUUCAUUGGUUUUAAUCACAAAAUUUGUUUUUAAAUUUUAGUCUUACAUGUGACUGUAAAUAUUGUCAUGAAUUGAGAAGUUUAUGUUGCUUCAUUUUGAAAGUUAUUUAACUUGCUUUGAACUUUGGCAAUUUUAUAACAAUUGUUGCAAAAUGUUUCAGAGUUAUCUAUAAAGUGGUAAUGCAUGGCUACAUGCCAUUUCAGCUAUGUUGCAAUAUCUUUUAAUUUCUUAUUAAAAAAAAUGUGUGCCUAUUACUUUAAGUUAAAGUAUAAAGCAAGACACACAGAUAUCUCUCGAACAGAAAAGGUGCAAUUCUAAGAAAGUUCAAUUGUUAUGUUUUAUAUGAGAUAAAGAUUGAAUGAUUAUUUUAAGAUUUUUUUUUUAAAUAAUAUAAAUAGCAAUGAAAACUACAUAAUUAUUUUUUUAGUUCACAAUCAAUUUGAUUUAUAGUGUGAUUUAAUGAUAAAGAGUUAAUUAAGCUAAAAGAUGAAUUAUGUACGUUAUUUUUAUGUUAGCAUUUGUUAGAGUAUCCUUUUUCUUCAUUGUCCUUUAAUACAGUCUAGGCCAAUGUUACUGGCAAGAAGAAUAAAGAAGUUGUAUCCUUAAUGUUUAAGGCAUAAUGUAAGCCUAUUGUGAAAUUGUUAGUAGAGGGGGAAAAAAGCCCCCCUUCCUAGAAUUGUUCCUUAAUUAGUGCCCUUUGAUAUGUGCUGAAAAACAUAGACCUCUCAAUUAUCUGAAUUGUUAGUGUUAAGUUUCCUACUACUACCUAUUACUAAAUAUGUUCAGCUUAUUUUUGUACUUCUUAUCAUUGUAACAGAACACACAGAAUGAUGUGAUAUAUAACUCCAGUUUAUGUAAUUUGUGAACACUGCUUCAGAAUGUAAACAUGCACACACACACACACACACAUAUAUAUAUAUAUAUAUAUCUUGUGAAACAUGUCCAACUUCUCAAAGGCCUGUAUAAUCUAGUCAUAUGAUGUCAGGGUAAAUUACCCUUGUCUUAGAUGUAGAUGUGACUUCUGUAGAUACUGUGUAGCAUAAGAAAAGAAAUAUUUAUGUCAUUGUUUUUGCAUAUUUGCUUGUUGUUUUGCUUUUAUUGUUUUUGAAAAUGCUAAAAUAAUUUUAUAUUUUCAUGACUACUGAAAAUAGAUUUCCAUUUUUUUUCAAAGUGCAAGUCAUUUUUUUGUUUCAAAUCAAAGAUUUCUAAUCUUGGAUACUUUCUCUAGGUACUUUAUCAAAAUGCCAGCAAAUGAGUAAAUGGUGAACUAUUUUUGUCAUGGAUAAUUUAAGAAAACCAUUUUCAUCAAACAUUUCUAUCAACUAACUGCAAAGAAAUCUUCCAUUAAGCCUUUUACACUAAAUAGUUACUACAAACUAUUUAAAGACUCUUAGGAUAGGUAAGAGAUGAAUAUUCUAAAUAAUAAUUUUGGGUUUAUUUCUGAUUUAAAAAAAAAAAAUUCCACCCAAGAAAAUGUGUUGUAGAUGUGUAGAGCAUUGCUGGUCCAUAGAUGUGUAGUCCACUUGUAGCCUAUAGAUGUAUUGUCCAUCACUUGCCUUGCAAUUGAGCUGUGUAUAUAGAGAUUGCGCUCUAGAAAUGUGUGUUUACCAAGAUCACAUUCCAAUUAUUUCAAGUUCUCUGCCCUUUGAUCUGAUUCCAUUCUUUGAUUAGCUCAUCACUUUAUUUAUUGUUAGUCUGUUAUUUCUUAUAUUUUUUCCCCCUCCCAUUCAGUCCAGCAGUGAAAUGGUUGAUACAGAAACCAGUGAUGGACAUAUCUUGCAUACAAAGAUAUUGUUGUUUUGUUACUGUUCAGCUUGACAUCAAAGCUUCAAUUCACACAUUUAAAAGAACAUUUUUAAAACAACUUUUUUUUACAAAUAAAAAAAAAUAUUAAAAAAGAAAAAAACUUCACAUGCCAUAAAGAAAAAACAGAAAGCUUUGAGACAUUUUGUGUUGUAUUUAAGUAUCAUUGGAGACACACACACACACAUGUAUGACCUUCUUUAACUAAUAUAUUAUGUUCAACUUCAAAGACAGCUGAUCACUCGUAAUAAAUCUUUUUUUUUUUUUUUCCCAUCUUUCUGUAUUCUUUUUAAAACCUUUUGGUGUAAUACCCAGACACACAUCACACAUUCUUAUAUUGAAACAAAAAACAAAUAAUGACAAAAUAUUACUAUAUUAAAUUCCUCAUUUUUUAACAUGGUACUAGAUUGAACAAAAAGUAUUUCAAUUGUUCGUCUAGCAGCACAAGAGGAAUAAUUCUGUUAAAAAGACUGAAAACAUUCAACUUAGAAGACUGCCUUUUGUACAUUAUGAUUAAUGAGGUCAACUGAAACUUUCGCAGGAAGAAUUCUACAUUUGAUUCUGUAAGGUGAUAUCACAACAAAAAUGUCUGUCUCAAAUUUAGCAUUUGAACCAUAACAUAUUCUGUUACAUGUUUUUUUGUUUAGUCUGCAUAUAAAAUAACUGAAGCUGUUUUCUGUACUGAAGUCAUUAUUCUUUUUUUUUUUGUUAUUGUUUGUUGUAGUUUACUGUUAGAGCCCAUUCUAAAGAUCUCAAAAUUUAGUGACUAAUUUGUGAGUGUAAAAAUUUUAAAAAAAAAAUACAUUUUGAUGAUCUUUUAACAUUUGUUUUAUUUGUCUAUGAAAUCUUUGCAUUUGUUGAUAGAUAUUUUUUUGAAAUGUAUAUUAAAAUGUAGUUGAAAUUUUACUUCAUUAAAUUUUAUAGACGAAUUUCAGCAGAUGUCAAAAAACUAUGUCAAUUGAUUAUUUAUAUUUGAAGGCCCACAGUACUCGGUACUCUAAAAUAAUUUAGUGGGCAUUAUAGAGUUAACACUACAGCAAUAAUAUUAAUACCAUAGCAAUGAAAACUACAUUUUAAAAAAAAAUUGUAAUAGACAUGCUCUUCUGUUAUUGUUGUGUGCAUUUAACUCUAUGCAGUCUGAAAAAUAAACAUUUUUCUUUUAAGCCUUCAA